UAAAACUGCGAAUAAGAUAAAAAAAUUAAUAAAGUUGUGAGGAUGCUUCACAAACAUUCUCUAUCAUUGUUACAUAUAGAUGUAUAAGUUUAUCAUAUAACAUCAAUAGACAGCAACGUACGAUGUGUGUUUUCCCAGACCUUUCAAGAAGUUACGAUUUGCUCUUUUGUUUAACUUUGUCUUUUUUUUCACCUUGGUUCAACCAGGCAGUACGCUUCGUUCAGCAGUACGAACGAACAUGAACGAAGACAAAGAUUUUUUUAAUCAUCACUCAUAUCUCAGUCCUUCUGUACUUCCGGCAUCGUAUAGCUUUCAUUGCGAAAGAUGUCACACCGAUCGCGAGAGCACGGUUGUUCGUCUUUUUUUCUGUUGUCGCGUAAUCUACACCAAUCACUGGACAACGGUCCAGGCAAACAGCACUAUUCAGUUAGUCAUAUGAUCGUAUCGUAUGCAGCGACCGAUGCAGAUCGCCGUGAAUGGCAUUUCGAUGUUUUUUGUGGACAUCGUCCGAGUUUAACAACUUUCCACUUUCUGCUUCGCACCCAUGCCAACCUAUAUUCAUCUUCGGAGGCUUUGAUAAAGGUACACCUGCGAGCAGGUGAAUCACUUCGUGGCGUAAAUCAACAGCGCAGAAUACCCGACGGCACGCGUUGUGGGAAUAACCGACAAUAACACUGAAGGCCUCUCCCGGUAUACUAUAAAACGGAAUACAGCCGAGUGUGCGGCAUCAUUCACGGGUUUCUCGGCUUUGAAAAGGUGUUGCCCUUUUUAACAGACGGAACACUUCAAGAACUAUACACAGAGAGUGGCCAACGUUUUCAACAAUGAACGUAUUUCAGCCAUUGCUGGCGGUAGUACUGUGCUGCGUGGCGUUUGCCAACGGUGAGACGGGAAACAAGUUUAACUACGAUGAUGGCAUCCCGGACGUGCGCUGUCCGCAGUAUGACAACCCGAUGAAUCCCGUCCACCUGGCGAUCCCGAACGAUUGCUCCAAGUUCCAGAAAUGUUUCGGUGGACGCGCCUUCACGAUCAGCUGUCCGCCGGGUCAGGAGUUUGGAGUGCAUCUGCAACGCUGUGACUAUCCCACGUUUGCGCGUUGCCAGCAAGGCUACGUGCAGCCUCAACCGGCCGGAUUCAGCUACGAUCUCGGCCAGGUUGAUGCGCGUUGUGCUCGGUACGACGAUCCCUUUAAGCCGAAGCAUCUUCCGCAUCCUUCCGACUGCAAGCGAUUCUUCAAGUGCUUCGAUGGUCGCGCAUUUGAGCUGGAAUGCCCAAUGGGACAGGAAUGGGGCAUGAAAUUGAACCGCUGUGAUUACCCAUCUAUGGCAAAGUGUACAGCCGGACGUUUGGAUAAACCGACCAGCGUCGUGGAAGAUCAAAAGGAGGAAGUUGUUGCACAGACGGAGUCCAAGGACACGAAGUCCAAGGAAACGGAGUCGGAGGAAUCGGCUAUUGCGGGUAGUGGAGAGACAGUCGAAGAGGUUGUGGAGUACAUCAAGCCAGCAAAGGCCGCGUUUAGCUAUGACACCGGUGUCAAUGAUGUCCGCUGCCCCAAGCAUGAUGAUCCAUACCGUCCAAUUCAUCUUUCCCAUGCGACGGAUUGCCGCAAGUUCUUGAAGUGUUUCGAUGGUCGCGCGUACACAAUCGACUGUCCGGUCGGUCAAGAGUUUGGCCAGCGUAUCAACCGUUGCGAUUAUCCACAGUUUGCCCAAUGUUCGGUGCAAAAGGAUCGCAAAAGCUUGCGCAAGGCGGCGGCACCACCGGGCGAUGAUUACUACUACGAUGACUACUAUGAUGAGGAGCGAAUUCCGCUCGAUUCCACCGAAUGGACGCCGGAGCAGCGCGAAAUGAUCGAGGGCAUUACGGAUGGGCGCUGCCCACAGACGGACAAUCCGGCUGAACCGAUUCAUUUCAUUCACCCGAAGGAUUGUGGUAAGUUCUACAAGUGCUAUGACGGGCGCGCCUAUCUAAUUCUGUGCCCGGCCGGACAGCACUGGAGUGUACGUUACGAUCGGUGCGACUACCCGAAGGUAGCUAAAUGCACCAUUCCCAUCAUCGCCUUGUGCAUCAUUGCUGGAGUUUCGGCCCAGUACGAGUAUAACAGCGGUUUCGAAAUUGGCAUUCCGCAAAACUACUACGCCAACCAGCAGUACAAUGGACAGUACAGCAAUGGUCAGUACAACAACGGCCAGUACAACAACGGCCAGUAUAACAACGGCCAAUACACUGCACCGACCAAGACAAUCCCUGACGCUCGUUGCCCACGUAUCGAUGAUCCGAUGCGCCCGGUCCAUCUGCCGUACGCCGGCCACUGUAACCAGUUCCUGAAGUGUACCGGAGGCCUGGGCUUCGUCAUGGACUGCCCGGCCGGACUCGACUUCACUUUCAUCGUUUUCGCUGCUCUCGUUGCCGCCGUUGCUGCGGCCCCACAGUACUCGGAGAUGUCGUACAAUGCGUACCAGCAGGAGCCCCGUUUCGAGUCCCAAUACCAGUACCAGCCGCAGUACCAGUCGCAGAGCGAACAGCUGUCCGCCGAUGGUUACAAAAUCGUCCCCGGUGUCGUUGAUGCCCGCUGCCCCCGUGCUGACGACCCGAUGAAGCCGGUCCAUCUGGCUGUGAACGGUAACUGUGGCAAGUUCAUGAAGUGCUUCGGUGGCCGUGCCUACGAGAUGGACUGCCCGGCCGGUCUGGAGUUCGGAUCCAAGGGUAAAAUGGUUGCUCAGCUGAAAAUCACGUGUUUGGUGGUUUUUAGCUUGUUCAACCACUAUACCUGCCAAACGACGGUCUGCACUGGCAAUGAAGAGUCCGACCAAGCUUUUCCUCACGAGAAUGACUGCACGCUGUAUUACAUCUGUGCGGAUGGUAACCAGUAUCAGCUGUCCUGUUUCAACGGGCAGCACUUUUCGCCGAUAACACUGCGCUGCGAACCACCCGAGACGGCUUUAUGUGAACCUGACCUUUCGUCGACAGUUUCGACACCGAGUCUUACCGGUCCAACAUUACCAACCUCACCAUCUCCAACGUUUCCGUCUAGUCCAACAUUAACACCCACCGGUACGGAUGUACCGACGACACUGGAAAACACAGAUACUACCGUUACUAUUCCAACGGUUGAAACGGCAUCACCACCAACAGUUCCAACUGCGCCAGAAUCAACAGUAACGGAUCUGACGCAAACAUCAUUCGAUUCCACGACAGUCACUCUAUCGACGGAAACCACUGCAAGCGAUACGACGUUUACUAUCCCAACGGUUGGGACAGCACCACCACCAACGGUACCGACAGCUCCACCUAUAGAUACUACGACUACGGAUGAGUCUACCACGCCGGACUCUGAAGAAACAACCAUGCCGGAUGAAACGGAAGAACCAGACGACAGUGAGGAGCUUACAUCCAACGUAGUGUUUGAUCCCGAAGAUUUUCUAAUUCCUUUUUACAACUACUACGGUGCCGAGUACAAUACCUACCACAAUUCCAACAAUACCUACCACAAUUCCAACGAUACCUACCACAAUUCCAACAAUACCUACCACAAUUCCAACGAUACCUACCACAAUUCCAACAACUUCCACCCCAAUACCAUCAGUCCCUACAGCAUCUCCAACAACAGCUCCUACCACAAUCCCAACCACGGUUCCAACCACGGUUCCAACCACGAUUCCAACUACAGUUUCAACUGUAGCUACAACUACUACUACCGUUUCUGGAGUACCGACUGCACCAACUUACACAUCAUCCGCAACAACAGCGCCAACGACAAUAUCAUCGACUCAAACGAUUCCAACGGCUCCAUCGCCAGGUACAACGAUCCCAACAGCUCCAACACCAGGUCCAACCACCGUUACUGUUCCUGGUCAAACCACCGUUACCGUUCCGGCUCAAACCACUACAGUUGCCACUACUACUACAACUACAACAGUCGGCCCACCUACAAUUCCCACAGUUCCCACAGCUCCACCUCCCACCGCUCCAACGGCACCUCCUGCCCGCUACGAUAUACGCUGCUCAAGUUCCUGUUUCUCUUGUGGUACCGUUCGGUAAACACGGCAAGGGUUACCGUGCCCGUGAGAUACAGCCUCGAGAUGGUUUGUCCGCGGUGGGUUGUGUGUGUAACGAGUCUAGCCGUGAUAUCUUCACUGCUGCAUUGUAGUAUCGCUGUCGAUCCGUGCGCCGAGCAUAGCACCGUGCCUCAUCCGACCAACUGUACCAAGUAUCUGGAAUGUGUGAAUGAUAAGCUCAUGCUGUUGACAUGCGAUGACCAAUAUUAUAGCGUUAGCCUCGGUGCAUGCACGAGCGAAACACCGGAAAACUGCUAUCAGCUCAAGAUGCCGGAAAAUAUUGCUUUCGCCGGUGAUUUGUACCUCGGACGUGCUGUGGUGGACCCGUGUGCGACGUUCAGACCAGGAUUCAAACUACCCCAUCCAGAAAACUGUGGGUUCUUCUACCAAUGUACACAGUCCGGAGCGGCCCUGUUCAGGUGCCCCGCCAAUCUGCUGUUCCACGCCAAACUGAAGGUUUGCGUCUGGCCACAGCAAGUGGAAUGUGUCCCGGGUGCCAUUCUACCACCGACAACAACAACGGAGCAAACCGGUGAUGACGAUGACGACGAUGAUAACGAUGAUUUGCCGGAUGAAAUCUGUGAACCUGGGUGCUUUCUCGAUCUACGGUGCCCGGUAGACUGUGAUCCGAUUAUUCCGCCGAAACUUUUCCCACAUCCAAGCCGGUGCGAUGCGUACUUUACCUGCAAUUCGUACGGUUAUUCCUGUGUCACCGAGUGUCCUAUCGGCACGUGGUUCAGCAGCAUUUUCCAACGCUGUGUUAAUCCGGAGCUAGCAGAAUGCACACCGAUUGUACCGCCCAUUUGUGAAAUACCAACCUGUCUGCCAAAUCCGGACUGUCCCGUUCCCGAUACGGUUCCUCCGACGAAGCUACCACAUCCAGAUCGCAGCGAUUGGUAUUACAUUUGUCGAGAUGGAUCAUCCUGCCAGAUGGCUUGUCCGCCUGGUUUAGAAUGGAAUCCAAUCUUGCGCGAAUGUGACUUUUUCGCGGACACACCUUCGCCAGAAACAACAGUAACUACGGAAAUCAUUACUACUACGACAGAAGAACCGAUUACUACCACCACUACAGAAGAACCGAUUACUACCACCACUACAGAAGAACCGAUUACCACGACCACUACAGAAGAACCGAUUACUACCACCACUACAGAAGAACCGAUUACUACCACCACUACAGAAGAACCGAUUACUACCACCACUACAGAAGAACCGAUUACUACCACCACUACAGAAGAACCGAUUACUACCACCACUACAGAAGCACCGAUUACUACCACCACUACAGAAGAACCGAUUACUACCACCACUACAGAAGAACCGAUUACUACCACCACUACAGAAGCACCGAUUACUACUACCACUACAGAAGCACCGAUUACUACGACGACUACCCAAAUUUGGACCACCCCCGAGGUCGACUGUCCAACAUGUCCACCUUCGAACUGCUUCCCGGACUAUCGGUGCCCGGUGUGCGAAAAGUGCAAUCCUACCUACUUCCCGCACGAAGACUGCGAUAAAUUCUACAAGUGCAGCUUUGGAUUGAUCUGUGAAAUGAAAUGUCCGCCCGGUCUUCACUUUAACGCACGCGAGAACGUAUGCGACUGGCCGCAACAGGCCGGUUGCGAAUAUCCGCCAAUCAUCGAAGACCCACCAGAGAAUGUGGUCUGCCAUCCGAACCCACAAUGCCCACCCGGCAGUGGUAUCGAGACGUUCCUACCACAUCCAUCCAACUGCUCACAGUUCUACAAAUGUAGCUGGGGUAACGCCUGUCUGAAGGAGUGUCCGGAUGGGUUGCACUGGAGCAUGGCAAAGAUGCGCUGCGAGUGGCCAUUCAUUGCCGGUUGCGAUCCCAACAUACCACCGAACGAUCCAAACUGUCCAACCUGUCCGUGUCUUCCCUGCCGAUCGAACCGUAACGCUUGCCAUCCGUCGCAACGCUGCCCGCCGGCUGGUAUGCAGAACACCUCGAUCAGCUUCAGCCACGAGCUGUACUGUAACCGGUUCUACGAAUGUCUCUCCGGGCAGGCUUGUAUACUCGAGUGCCCAUACGGUCUCGAGUACAGUGGCGGUGUGGGACGAUGCGAUGAUCCUAGCAAGGCCCAAUGCAGCCGUUGGUGGAAGUAAAUUAGCCGCGUGCAAAACACACUGCUGGCAACAAUCAAAUAAUUUGGCUAAUGUACUGUACUAAGAGUUUUAUACUUAUCUGAAUCACAAAUCAAGAGCAUAACAUCUAAAUAAAAGCAAUCACUUUCCUCACAUUAUGCAACUUACAAAUAGAAAAUUAUGUUUUCUAACGUAGAAAAUAAAAUGUUAUUUAAUAUUAAAUGUUCUACGCAUUGUUGUGCAGAUUACCCAAGCUUGUCUUCAAUUGAUUUGACAAGGUGUACUAAUUUUUUAAUUAAAAUGGUCUUAUCGAUGUCAACAUUAGGUCUAUAUAAACAUAGUUAGUAUUUGUAGUCAAUGAUAGUAAAGCUUACAGACUGAAACGCCUAAAAAUAUGCAAUUUGAAGUUAUUCUUUAAGCAUGGAUAGAAGUCCACAAACCAUUAGUUGGACUUGAAAUGGUUAGGUCCCCCUUUUUUCUUCCACCUUGUCAUACAACUCAUAGAGCUAGUCAUUAUAGCGAAACCAACUAAUAAAUAGUACUAAAUAGUUAAAAGUGAUCCUCUGACUUUCCCUAUAUAGCAACUAGAGAUGUAUAAAGUGAGUAAAAUGUAA